AUGAAUGCUCCAAAAUGCAAAGAGAAAAACCAUUUCGAUAGAGAAAUCACUCUAUUUUGUCUGCAUCCUAGAUGUUAAUAAAAGUGGGGGUGCCAAAAGUGUUUAAGUUCACAUCAUAAAUCUCACACUGAAUGUUGCAUCAGUGUUAGCGAAUUUGAAGACACUGUUGUAUCAGCAAAAAAGAAAAUAAGAGAGAUUGUCGAGAUGAAAUUUUCAGAUGCUAUUAUUUAAUUAGAUGAGGCAUCCAAGUUAUUGGUAAAGAAAAUAAAAGAUGUAAUCAACUCUGUACAACGAGCUUCAGAUGUUAUCUAGGAUUAAAUAUUCAAAGAGUUAGAGUUGUUUGAUUAUUUAAUUGAUGGAUUUUAGACUUUAUCAUUUACUACUUCAUUGUCAAAUGAACAUUUAGAUCGAGUAAUAUAAUUUAUGAUGCCUGAAAAAUUAUAAUAAAUGGCAGAUCAUAAAUAAAGCUAAAUCAAUCAAUUACUUUAGUAUUCAAAAUCAGUUUUAGAACAAGCAUCUAAAUUUACCAUAUUUCCAUUAGAUGAAAUAGCCUUAGGAAUUAAAUUAAAAGAAUUUCAAGAAGGAGAGUAUACAUUGGCUGUAAAAGAAUACAAUUAAAAUAAUAUUGGAAUAUGCUAUUUAUUAACCAAUGGACGCUUAAAUAAGAUAGGCUAAUAUGAUAAUGGACUUAGAUCUGGCAUGUGGUCAGAAGUUUUGUACUAUAAUCAUAACCGAGAUUUUAGUAUGUAAGAUUAUUAUUAUAAUAUAAGAACAUUUCGAGGAUAAUAUAAUUAAGGUCUAAGAGUGAAUAAAUGGUUUUAUUAUAAUCAGGAUUAAUCAGUCAUAGGAGGAGGUUAAUUUGAACAAGGAUAAAAGGUUGGAUAAUGGAUAGAACCUGAAGUAUUUAUAGGCAAGUGGGGAAAGAUGUAUUAUUGAAAAUUAAUUAGUGUUGUUAUUCAUAAAGGAGAGUAUGUAAAUGGAGUAAGACAUGGUGAAUGGGUUACUAUCUUUGGAAAUAGAGGAUAAGUGUAAGUAUGAUACUAAAUAUCAGAGGAGGCGGAGCGUAUUUGCAGGGUUUAAAACAUGGUCUUUGGAUAGAUGUUGAAGGCUAUGCUGGGUUCUGGUGUUCGAUAGGAAUUUUAAAUUAGGGUGAAUAUGUUAAUGGCAUCAAAGUAGGACUGUGGUUGAUAUCAGAAUUAAAUUCUGGAUAGAUGUAAUUAUAAUAAUUAAAAGUAAGUGGUGGAGGAAAUUAUUCAUAAAUUGGUUUAAAAGAAGGUUUAUGGACAGAAGUUGAAGUUCAUGUUGGGGUAGGAUCUUCUAUGUAUUUAAAUAUAUUGAUUUAGAAUUUUGUUACAUGUUGGAGAAUAUAAGGCAGGAUUAAGAUAAGGGAAUUGGAAAAUACUUGAUAUAUGUAGAAAUUAAAUUGGUGGAGGAUUAUGUAAAGGAUACAAGAAAGGAGUUUGGAUUGAAAUAGAAGUGUGUGUUGGAUGGCGUAGUUCAUAGUUAUUUAAUGGAUUAAUAAUUUUAGGAUUUUAUUACAUAAGGGAGAAUAUAAGAAAGGUCAAAAAGUUGGAGUUUGGAACAUUUACAAAGAGGGAUGUGAUACUAUUCUAGGUGGAGGGAAUUACAUUUAAGAUUAGAAGGAUGGAAAAUGGACAGAUGUUGAAAUCUAUUGUGGUUAUUAUAGUACUAAGUAGAAUUUAGAAAUUUAAAUUUUAGAACUUUAAUAUAUACUGGGGAUUAUAAUCUUAAUAAAAGGAUUGGUAAAUGGGUGAUAUCAGAAGAGUAAGAAGGAGUAAUGUAAAAAUAAAAUAAAUAUUAUAUAAUAAGUGGGGGAGGAUUAUAUUCUAGAAAUGGAGAGAAGGAAUCUGAUUGGGUUGAAGUAGAAAUGCAAGUUGGGUGGAGAUGUUUUGUGUAAGCAUAUAAAAUAUGAAAAAGAAUUAUAAUUUCAGAAGGUGAAUAUAGUAGUGGCAAAAGAUCAGGAUUAUGGAUUACUAAAUUAUAUAAAGGAAAUUAAUUAGGUGGAGGAUGUUAUAAUAAAUAUGGAUUUAAAGAAGGUGGUUGGAAGGAAGUAGAAGUGCAUGUUGGAGUUGGAAAAUAUUUGUAAAUUUAUUAUUUAUUGUAGAACCUUAUUUCACAUAGGUGAAUAUAGAAGUGGAAUCAGAACAGGCAAUUGGGUAGUUUAAAAUGAACAAAGAGAAAUUGCGUAAGGAUUAUUCCUUUAAUUAAGUUCUUCUGGUUUUUAUACAAAAUCAGGAAGCAAAGAUGGUGAAUGGAUAGAAAUAUAAGCACAUGAUGGUAUUGAAGAUACAAUUACCUUACUACAUACAGGAGAAUAUAAUCAUGGAGUUAGAGUUGGUAGAUGGAAUAUAGAAAAAGUUAAUAAAGAAAUAAUGUAUUUAUCAUUAUUAUUAUCAAAGUGGAGGAGGCAAUUAUUCAUUGAGUGGAAUAAAAGAAGGUUAAUGGUAAGAAGUUUUUUGUCACAUUGGUUAUAACUAAGAAGUUAUUCUUUAAUAUAAUGGAUUAUAUACUAAUGGACUAAGAUAAGGAAAAUGGGCAAUAACAAAGGUAGGCGGAGAAUUUAUGUAAACAUAUUUUUAUUAAUAUAGUGGUGGAGGACAAUAUAGCGAUUUUGGAACUAAAAUUGGUUAAUGGAUUGAUGUAGAUGUAAGAGUAGGUGGAGGUUGUUCAAUGUAAUAUUUAUUAUUAAAAAGAAUGCUUAAAUAUUUUGGUAAUUAUAAUGAUGGAAUAAGAACAGGUGAAUGGUAGAUUACUCAACAUGGAUCUAGUACAAUUAAGUAAAUAUACAUUAUUAAAUUAAGUGGUGGGGGUAAAUACUCUUCAAGAGGAAUAAAAAUUGAUGAAUGGAUAGAAAUAGUCCCACAUAUUGGAUAUUGCAAUCUUAUGUAUUUGUCUAAUCUCUAUUAUUUAUAGAAUAUUAAAGUAUAUAGGGUAGUACAAAAAUAAUACUAGAGUAGGUUCAUGGUCUAUUGUGCAUUAAGAAGAGAUGUAUUUAGAAAUUAUAUGACUUAAGUGGUGGAGGAUCUUAUUUGGUUAAUGGAAUGAAAAAUGGUAAAUGGAUUGAAGUGUUUCAACAAUAUUUUGACAGUUUAACUAUUUUAACUGGAGAAUAUGUAAACGGUAAUAAAUUGUAAGAUUGGGAAUAUGUUGAUAAAUUAUUGAAAGAUUUGUGA